AUGCCGCGCGCAACUGUAGUGGCCUUGCCCCUGUUGCAGUGUGCUAAGAGCACGAACUUAUCAAAGUCCCUCGCUUCGGAGGGCCUGGUGGCCUUGGCUGGCGUGGAAUGCCACUCGCGCAAAGCGCGAGCCUCCGAAGGAGGGACUUGA